AGUGAUCUCCCACUGUGCUCAUUAAAGAAUGAUGCCACAAUUGCUGGGGUAGGUGAGGAGGGGCCCUAACACCCAAGAUAAACCAAGAAAAUGCUGAUUUAUCAUUAGCAUUAGAUUUGUUCCCAAAAGUUCUGGUGCAUGGGUAUCAAAUCAAAGUCAUCUUGGCAUUGUCAGUGACAGGAGCAGUGCUGGUGUUGAUUACAGCUUUCUGUCUCAUUAAGAUGUGCUCCCGUAGAAGAGCAGCGCUGGAUGAAGAAGAACGCUCAGGGGGCUUCUUUCCACUUCCUGAUAAACCCUCAGAAGAGCGUAAGAAUCAGAAGGGCUUUUCCUGGAGAAGGCGGCUUUGGCUCCGGAAUAUGUACAGAACUGUCAGUCCCCCACGUGAGAAAAACCUGGCACAGAAUGUACUUGAGAAGGAUGGAGGGGAGCUCAGUGAAGUCAUAAUAGAGAAGAAUGUGACGUCAGGGUCGGGUGAGGAAGGAAAGGGAGCGAAGCGCAAGAAACCAGCACAGAGGGAGCCCCAGCCUGCCCCGGGCCACCUACAAUAAAAUGUGUAAUUCUCUCUCCUUGAAAUGUGUAAGCUCAUAACCAAUCCUGGCCGUCUGGUAAGGAAUUAAAGUAUAAAUUGUUAAAUACUUACGUGCAAAUAACAAGUGCCAUAGGCAUGAAAAGCAGGGCUGAGGCCAGAAUCCCUCGCGGCAGCCACUCCUUCCGCAGAGGUAAUGCGGACAAAGAAGGAUAAAUGAGGUGUCCCUCCCUCGUUUCCCCAAUAUCAUCAGUCCCUGGAAACUGGGAAACAUAUCAUCCUCGAGGAGUGUAGAUUAUUAAGUCAAGGAAGUUUCUUCUGGGGCUCUCUCUCUCUCCCCUGGUUCGUCAAGUACCAGUUCUUUACAACCUCCUGACCUCCGGCCCACAGAGGAUCGCCCACUGCUGGCCCCUCUCACAGGGUCUUUUGGAGGCCAACAUGUAGCCUCUACAUCACAUAUUGCAUGAUUCCAUUUAUACUAAAUGUCCGGAAUAAGAAAAUCCAUAGCUAAUGGAUAAGGGACUUCCUUACAGGGUGAUGAAAGUGUGCUUGAAUCAUGUAGUAGUGAUGUUGCACAACCUUGUAAAUAUACUAAAAACCACUGAAAUGUAUACUUUAAAAUGGUGACUUUUAUGGCAUUUGAAGCAUAUCUCAAUAAACAAAGAUGACCUAUCAGAGAAAA